CUUGUUCAGCAGCCACAGAAGAAAGCUAAAAGCUCCAAUCUUUGGGAACCCAAAAUCACUACAAUGGCCAAGACGCUGAUGGUGCGUCCGUACGUUUUCGCAGCAUCGUCACAAGCAGCCAGAAAUCUCUUCCUCCGUCAAGCUCAGCCAACGAGACCCUUUGUCUCUGCUGUGCUAUUCAACAGAGCACGCACCAGUUGUACCAAGCUCCAAACUCAUAGUAAUAGUAAAAACAGUGUUGGAGAAGAGUACAGUUGUGGAAAUUCAUUGGGGUUCUGGUUUGUUCCGGCGAGUGGUCGAAGGGUCAGCACACGGGCCACGAAUGUCAACGAUGCUGGGUCCAUCGACUCGCCUCUCAUGCACUCCAUGGAGAAAAAGAUCAAGGAACAUCUCAAUGCAGAAUCAGUCACUGUGAGAGAUGCUUAUGGUGAUGGUCGGCAUGUCAGCAUUGAUGUCGUCUCUUCAACCUUUGAGGGACAAUCGGCUGUUAACAGGCAGAGGAUGGUGUACAAAGCCAUUUGGGAGGAGCUUCAGACCACAGUGCACGCGGUUGACCAAAUGACUACCAGAACCCCCACUGAAGCAUCAGCUGAAAAGUGAACGCAGCCUGGUCGGUAGCUAGACUCCCUUUAAUGGAUUUCCUGGUUGUAAUGAAAUGAAACUGUUGCAUAUGUUGCCUCAUGCCUGUUGAGGAGUCCCUAUUAUAUCUGAACAACAGCUUUCAAAUGACAGGAUUCAUUGCUAAAAUUAUUUAUU